UUCCUGGCGGCAGUUUCAGACAGGAUUGGAAUCGCGCGACUUGAAAUCUUUCAACAAAAAACAGUAAACAAACCCUGCAGACAUACAAAGAUGAGUUCCAGUAACGUCAAUCAUGAUGUCCUCGCUUCAGAUGUUGACAAUCCUAGAAGGGAAAACAGUCUUGCUGAUCCAUCUUCAGUCUCUGAAGGAGUGACACCCACAAGCUUAUUAAAGAUGAAAGAAAUAAUGGAAAAUCAGUGUUUUGAAAUGAAUGUUAAGGUCAGCAUGGGAAAACACAGAGAGUCAUGUGAAGCUGAUGCAGAUCUAUCCAAGUAUGAAAGUGAAAUAGAGCAAGCAAGACUUUCACACUUCAACAAAACACUGGUGUUAAACAGAAUGCAGAUUUGGAGCACGGUCAUCGAAAAGAUGAUUCAGAAUGGUGCAGAUGCUGAGGAACUAAAGGAACUGACUAAUCAGAACUCUGAGAUCUGUGAAAAGACCAUUCAAAUUUUAAAGGAAACACGAGAGCUUCAGGACCAGAUCACAGAUGUCCAAAAGCAAAGACUUGAUCUGAAAGGACAGAUAAAGAAAAAGAUGCAGGAGAUAAAUGAGUUGAAGCAGGAGAAGGAAAACCAAGGAGAGGUUCAGCAGAAAACCAAGGAAAGAGCUGAGGCUGUUCUGCAGAAAUACCAGAGGAUCACCACCAUCUUACAAAAUGUGCUCCGGGGAAUUAUACUGGCCAGUAAAGUAAACUGGAGAGAGGAUCCUAAGUUAUGCGACAUUGUGAUGAAACUGGAACACAUACCCAGCUAAAGAGGAAACCUUUAAACACAGCUCUUCAAUGUAAAUAUGCACGGUUGCCACAUUCAGAGUAAUGUUUUGUACAUUUAUGUAAAGUCAUGUGAAAGGAUGUUUUUCUUGUAUAUUCAGGCUUUUUAUAGCAAUAUUCAUUUUAUAUAUAAACUCUAGAGUUUCAAAAACAUCCUUAAUGUGAGAAAGGUGAUAUAAGCUUAGUUUACAUUUUAAAAAAUUAAUUUUAGACUAAUCC